GAGAACUAUGGAGGAGGAAUUUUUAGAAUACCUUGUCUGUGCUUCUGAAAAACUACUACUUGAAUAUGGCCGAACUGCUGAUGAAAGUGAUGAAAAAAAGCUGCGAUAUCUUGUUAUGGUUAGGUUACAUGCACAGUACCUAAAUGAUCUGCGAAGCAUGCUAUAUUGCUUUUCACUCAAAAUAUGUGAUUUGUCUUGUAACUUCCUUACAAAUAUUGAUGCACUUGGAUAUUGCACUAAUUUAAUUAAAUUGGAUCUCCAUAGUAAUCAGCUAGAAUUACUUCCUGGUCCAAUGUUUUGGAAACACAUGAAGAAUUUAGAAUUAUUAUAUCUACAUGAUAAUGGAAUUUCAUCACUGGAAAAUGUGCAUUCAUUAUCUUUUUGCCCUAAUCUUACUGCACUCACCUUAUUUAACACUCCACUGUGCUUGAAAAUUGCCUAUAGGCACAUUGUUGUUAACAGCAUUUUUUCACUCAAAGCACUGGACUAUUAUGUCAUUUCUGAUGAAGAAAUAACUGAAGGUUGGAGACUACCUGAAAAGUACAAACCAUUUACUCUGAACUUUUUUGUUGACUUUUGUCCUCUUUCUGGAAAGGAUACUACAUUUCAGGAAGAAAUGAAAACAGUAAGAAAUAUAAUUUCCAAGAUCAAUCAUGUUCUAGUACAUCAUUCACCAAUCUUGAUUAUACAGAGGUGGAUCAGAGGAUAUUUAGUCAGAAAAAUGUUGUGCCUGAGUCCUGUAUGUGAAGUUCUGUGGUAUAACCGUUACAUCAGAGGUGGAAAAAAGCAACACGUAGCUUCUGUGUGUAGUGAUAAAAGGUCUGUCUCUGAUACUGUUAAGCCAGAAGAGCAUACAAAACUUAAGAAAGGUACACCUGGGAUCCAAAUUAUAGAUAUGAACAAUCUUAAAGAAUUUCAUUUAACUUUAAGAAGAUUAAAACAUCCUGUUAUCUCAACCAUACUCAAACCGGAAGAGAAGAAAAAGAUUAAACAGAAGAAACCAAGGUCAACAAGGAAGGAUUUCGCAGAGGGAGACAAAACUGAAAUGGAAAGUAAGGAGUCGGCAACUACAUUUAGACUUUCAGGAUCUAAAAUGCCUUUUUAUUCACUGAAUGAACAUCUGAAAAUAUAUGAAGAGAGAGAGAGAGGAUUUUUUGAUAUCAUUCAUGAUAUGCGUAACAUCACACAUCCUGCACCACAGACUUUGCCAAUACUUGAGCCUGGCAGCAUUGAAAAAAGAAUCUUUGCUAAAGCAUAUGGAACGAUAAGACUUCACCCCUUAUAUGCCAUUGAAAAAGCAUAUUGGGAAAGUCAGAAAUUGGAUCUGCACGCUAAGAAGGAGCGAGAUGUUAUGCGGAUGUUGAUCGCUAAAAGCGAAGCUAAAGAAUAUAUUCAUCAUUUACAUGAAGAAAAAAUAGAGGAAAUUCAGAAGAAUUAUGAACAGAAAAAGAUGAUGACUGCAAAUCAUUUUAAGGAGGCCAAAGAGAAAAAAUCCAAGUUGUUUUUUAAGAUGAAAAAAAAAUAUAAUAAAUUUUUAGAAAAGAAGGAAGGAAGGACAAUAGAAAACUCAUUCAUUCAGCGCUUUAGCACUCAGCAUACUUCUUUGACUAGGGGUUUAUUAAAACUUGAUGGGUGGAGAAAAAACAUGGAAGUCCUCAGUGGAAAAAAAACAGUUCUUAAAGGAAUUAUACAAGAACAAAAGCAGCGAAAAGAGGUGUAUAAACAUUUUCAGGUGGAGAGGCAACAGAUGUUACAAAGGCAAAACAUGAAUGAGAAAACAUUUAGGGAAUGUGUGACGCAUGUAAUGACAAGGGAGAGAUUUGAGCAAUCCAAGGCAAAAGUCAAAGCCAUGAAGGAACCUCGUUUGAAAAAAUUAUAUACAUUACCUCUCAUUGGCAGUUCAGGCACUGCAGUGCCUAUUGCGAAGUAUGAUGGUUAAGAAGAUACAAUAUAACAAGGAUGAACACAAAGGGAGUAAAAAUGUAGCUGAGUUUUAUAGAUCAGAUUUGCUUUAAAGAUCGACCAGCAAGCUAUGAUAAAUUGUUGUAGUUAUGAACAGGAAGUAUUUAAUUCAGAGUCCAUCAGAAACAUGGAAUUUGAAAAGUCCCUUUGCUUUAGAGAGGGCAUUAUUUAAAUAACUAAAAUACUCCAUUUUUUUUUCUUUUCCCAGAUUGCAACAUUCUACAAGCUUAUGCUACUCGAGCUGUGUAUUUCUUACAUAGCUUCUGUGCAAAGAAUCUUGCACAUUAAAAGGAACUGGCCACAAAUU